CAAAACAAAACGGAGGUGUAUCCAAAACCCCACCAUCUGACUGUUUUGCCGCCUUAAAUAAUUUAAAUUACAGAGAGUUUUUAGCCUUUAGCGGGUAUUGCGCGGCUGUCGAGUAACGAAAAUUCGUCAAUAAUUUCCAACCUCUCUAGAAAAAGCAAAAUUACCUGACUGCAUAUUUCCUCGCAAUUUAAAUCUAUUCAGCAAGAAGAAAUGGCAGAAUUUAGAAAUCUUCAACUCACCUCUGAACUAGCACAGUCUUUAGGGAUAUCAGAUCAAAUAUGUGAGGACGCAUUAAACAAAUCCUAUGUGCUCGGUAAGAAGAUACUUUCGACAAGCUCGGCGAAGCAAGACCACUUGAAUAAACUGAAAGAGCAGAGCGCAGACCCCAAAGCAUUCUCUCAAAAGUAUCUUGAGGUCAAAUCCAAAAGUUCUGACAUACUGGGUUCAUACGUCGAAUUGCUGUCCUGUAUUUCGGAUGACAAGAGAGUUAAGAAAAUGCUGAAAUUGUGCCAACAAGAGGAGGUAGUUGCCAAUGGCAAUGGGCAGCAAGUUAUAAGUGUUUCUACAGAAGGGCUUUCCCAGGUGAAAAAUAAGCUGAAAGCUAUCACCAAGGAGUUUGAGCGCCCCUCGCACGAAAACCAAUUCUCAAAUGAAAGCCAUGGCGUGCUUAAAAGGACAAAUGGAACCAUCGUGGAGCUGCCUUCGUUUCCAGAGUGGUUUCAGACACAUCCUUACAUGACCAAUGACUUUUCCUGCGACUCCGACAAAGGUGGAUCGCCGCUAACUCUAGUCAAGGUGCCAGUGCCAUCACAGGAGCAAGCCAUCGUGGCUGACUUGAUCAACUGUCUCUCUGGUGUUGAUGGUCAGCACAUCGUCGCUGUUCCGCUGGAGGAUCCCUACGCCAGGAGGGAAUUUAGAUUUGCUGUUGGAAUGGAUAAGUCUCUGAAAGAGCUAGCCAUCAAAGUGCUGGAACUUGCCAGCCUUUAUUCAACAGUGGUGCGUUUCGUCGAGCAGAAAACUGAGUUUCACUUUGGAAGAGUUAAUAAUUCUUUGGCGGCGGCAAUGGAUGAAUACAUCAUUGAUUAUCUGGCUUUCGUCGCUCAGAACGAAUCUCAGCUCCACUCUGGCAAUUUUGGGAUACAAAAGUUAGUCUUCAACUGCGAGUCGAUGACUCAACUCUUCAGAAUACUGGCCCACACGUCCCAAACUGUGAAUAAUAACGAUGCCAGGGGAGGGAGGGUCUUGACGCUACUCCACCAAAUUACCCUGAGCAUGGCUGGCGACAAAAGCGCUCGUGACAUCUGCUUCAACCUCACUCAAAAGGCCAGCAAGCGAUAUUUGGAAAGUCUGGACGAAUGGUUGCUCAAGGGGGUGAUCAACGACCCUUUCGAUGAGUUUAUGGUCGAAGACAACCAGGUUGAAACUGAAGGUGAAUUGAGCACUGAAAAUUGCGACGGCUACUGGGAAAAGCGGUACACCAUCCGCAAAGACAGGGUUCCGUUGUUCAUAGCAGAUUUCGCCGAGAAAAUAUUGAGGACAGGAAAAUACCUCAACGUCAUGCAGCAGUGUGGUAAAAGAAUUUACUCGCCACAAAAGUCGCGAACGGAAUACACACUGCAUGGCGGCAAAUGUGAAGAGGUGAUUGAAGAGGCGUACCAGUUCUCCAGCAAGAUGCUAUUAGAACUUUUGUUGCAUGACUAUGAUCUCAUUGGAAGGCUCAAGUGGAUGAAAAAGUUCUUCCUGUUGGAGCAAGGCGAUUUCGUGUCGCGCUGUAUGGACUUGUGCGACGAGACGCUGAGGAAGCCUGUCAUGGAUCUGGAGCCGACGAGGCUCGACUUUUUGUUCGGCUUGGUCCUUCGCACCUCCAACGUGGAUACCUUGUACCUGGAAGAUUUGCACACGACGCUGAUCACUUGCUCCCUACCCGACCAAAUCCGCAAAAUUGUUUACGUCUCAAACACUGACAACUCAUUCCAAUCUGAUGAACUGGAGGACAAGGAACUCACCGGCUACGAAAGCUUCGCAUUUUCCGCUGAUGUCAAGUGGCCUCUCUCUCUAGUGAUCAACAGUCACGACCAUUCCAGAUACCAAAUGAUUUUCCGACACCUGUUUUUCAUCAAAUACGUUGAACGGUCCCUCUGCCAGGUUUGGAACUCAAACAAAGUCGCUCGACGGUUCUCGCCAAGGGAAUCGCCGCUGUACCGGCCUGCCUUUUCACUGCGUCAGAGGAUGUUGAAUUUCGUGCGGGACCUGGAGUACUACAUGACCAGCGAGGUCAUCGAGCCAAACUGGCACAUUUUCAUGGAGAAGAUGAAGAAAGUGAGCAGCGUCGAUGAUGUCCUCACUUACCACACGGACUUCAUCGACCAGUGCCAGCGCGAGUGCAUGCUGAUGGUGCUGGAACUGCUGCAGCCGCUCAGAGAGCUUCUCGACUGCAUCAUGGACUUCUGCAAGUUCAUCCUGCACGUUCGGAAUUACUUUGUGGAGGCAGAGUUAGAACUCACUGAAUCUUUUGAUGCAAGCGAGUGUACUGAACUGCGAGGUGAAGAGUCCGAGGAAAGCUGGACCAGUUUCUCCGGAGAGGUCGAAAAGCACAGCAAAAAGUUUCACUCGCUCUUAUUCCAAUUCCUUGAUCUUGUUGGAUCACUGGAAAGAGACACAGCUCACGCUAGACUGUUGCUUCGGAUGGAUUUCAACUCUUUCUACAGUACUCAGAGAAAGGGCUUGCGGAAUGUCUCAGAAUUGUCCACUACUGGAUGAUACAUAUCAUAAAUUCCAUGAUGUAAAUUUAUAUAAAUAUUAACUCUGAAACAGAAACGUUUAGUGCCAAACAAAAAAUAACUCAAAAUUGUAAAAUAA